AUGUCUAAUUAACCAUUUCAAGUAUAUUUGAGAAUCAAACCAUUAUUAGAAAGCAGGUAAAAAGAAUAUAUAUAUAUUCAUUUAGCACAGAAACUUUAAUUGAAGAUUUGAAUGACAAUAGAAUUGUUAUAAGAAAAGAUGGUAAAAAUAGUAAAUCAUUUGUUUUCGACAAGAUAUUCAGUGGUGUACAAAAUAAUGAAGACAUAUUUGAUCAAUCAUUAAGAGUAUAUAUAUAUAUAUAUUAAAAAUAACAGCACAAUCUGGAUCAUUUUAUUGAAGGUUACAAUACAACCAUUUUAGCAUAUGGUAUAACAGGUUCAGGUAAAACUCAUACUAUUUUUGGGAAUGAGAAAGAUGAAGGAUUAUCAUUUAAAUGCAUAAACUAUAUAGUGAAUAGAAUGAAAUAUAUGAGGUUUAGCUAACUAAAUAUUAAUAUCUAGUUCUGAAGCUAAUGUUUAGAUGGAGAUGAGUUUUAUAGAAGUUUACAAUGAAACCAUAAGAGAUCUAAUGUCCGAAUAACCAAAACCAUUAAUGAUUAUGUAAGACAAUUAAAAAGGGUCAUACAUUUAAGGUUUGUAAGCAAUUAAAAUUAACAGCAUUAAUGAUGUAUUUUUAUUUAUUAACAAAAUAGGUGAAAGAGGGCAUAAACAUUGCUAAUUAAAAUAGAAGCUUAGCUUAAACUAUUUAUAAUGUAUAUUCAUCAAGAUCACAUGCAUUAAUAUAGUUUAAUUUAUCUUAUUCUUUCGAAGGGUAAUUUGUAGUCAUUCUAUAAUUAGUUAAACUAUUACACCUAAACUUUUUAUUGUAGAUUUAGCAGGUUCAGAACGAGUCUAUUAAGAUCAAAAGAGCAAGAAUUAAUAAGAAGGUUCUAAUAUCAAUAGAUCUCUUUUGGCCUUAAGUAAUUGUUUGACUAUACUUUCUGAUAAAUCUAAGAAAAAUUAACAUAUUCCAUAUAGGAACUCAAAAUUAACUAGAUUAUUACAAGAUUCUUUAGGUGGAAAUACAAGAACCAUUAUGAUUUCUUGCAUAUAAUAAAAUAAGUGUCAAUAUGAUGAAAUUUUAAAUACACUUCAGUAUAGUAGUAGAGCUACUCAAAUUAAAAAGUAAGUUUAAAAAUCAUUGCAUCAAUAAAUAACUGAAGAAAAAAUUCUUAUUCAUACUAACAUUAAUGAUUCUGAAAUGAGUACUAAAUAAUUAUAUUUAACCAAAAUAUAUAAUGACAUAUAUAGUAAUAUUGAAGAAUACCAUGAAAUUAAUAAUUCACUAAUUGAAAUACAAAACAAUAUUCUAUAAAAUCAAUAUUAGAUUGAGGAAAUCUAUUAAAUGAGUCUAUAAAAUAAUCUAAAUUCUAUUAAUGAUGAUUAGAUGUAUCAUAAUCUAAUGAUUGCAUAAAAAUAAAACUAAGAAAUUGAAUAAUAACUGUAAAAUGCUCUUAAAGUCAAUUUGAAAUAAAAAUAACUCUAGAAAUCUUUGUUGCUUUAAAUCACAGAAGAAUAACAAUAAUAUAUUGAUUAUUGGAAAUAUAAAUAUGAAGAUUAGCAAAAGGAGAUUUCUGAAUUAAAAUAGGUUCUCUAAUCAAAAGUAUUGAUAUUAUAAUUAUUCUAUAGAAUGAUGAUAUAUAAUCUAAGGAAUCUUAAAUUUAAUAGUAGUAAUUAUUACUAGAAUAAAUUAAGACUAAAAAUCCAUCUUUAUAUACUACUAAUAAUGAUUCAGAUUGUUCUUAUCCUUCAUCGUUUGCCUCAUCAACAAGUACUUCCUAAAUAAAAAAGAAAUCUUCGUUAACUCACUUAAAUACUCAAAACACAUUGUCAUAACAAUCCUAAUUAUUUGAUAUGAUUGAUCGACCAAGAUUUUCUAAUUUAUCUCAUAUCAAAUAAAUAUUGGCUUCAAGAGAGCGUUCUCCAGUUAAUUCAAUAUUUAGAUAAUCUCCUAUUCGAUCCCCUCUGAGAAAAAAGCCAUCUAUUCGAAAUAUUAGUAAUUUUUAUAAGUAAUUUUAGCUUCUAUAUCUAAAGUAGAAUAAUCAGAAAUUUCAUAAAUUUCCUCAAUUAAAAAAUCCAGACUAAUUAAUGAUCCACAAAUUACUACAAUCAAUUUAUAUGGAAGUUAAUAUAUCAAUUUAAUAGAUAAAGAAAAUAUUUCAUGA